AUGGACGUUGUGUCGUCGUUGUCUUCUUCUCCGGCGCCGUCGCCGUCAGUGCUCAAGUCACUGCUUCUGUCCUACGCGUACGUGAGCGUGUGGAUCACAUUCAGCUUCUCGGUGAUCAUGUACAACAAGUACAUCCUCAAUCCCACGAUGUACAACUGGCCAUUCCCCGUAUCGCUCACCAUGGUCCACACGGCGUUUUGCGCCUCCCUCACUGUGGUGCUCAUCCGCGUCCUCCGCGUCGUCGCCGAGCCGACGUCGCCGCCCAUGACGCCCAGCCUCUACGCCGUCUCCGUCGUGCCCAUCGGCGUGCUCUACGCGCUGUCGCUCUGGUUCUCCAACUCCGCAUACAUCUACCUCUCUGUCUCCUUCAUCCAGAUGCUCAAGGCGCUCAUGCCCGUCACCGUCUACUGCCUCGCCGUCGCGUUCCGCACCGACUCCUUCCGCCACGCCUCCAUGCUCAACAUGCUCGGCAUCUCCGCGGGCAUCGCCGUCGCCGCCUAUGGCGAGGCGCGGUUCGACGCGUUCGGCGUCAUCCUGCAGCUCGUCGCUAUCACCGCCAAAGCCACGCGGCUCGUGCUCAUCCAGAUAUUGCUCACCGGCGCAACGCCCCCGCCGGCGCCGACGCAGGCCGACCGCGACGUGGAGAUGGGCCUCCUCGGCGGCGAGAGCAGCGCGUCGCGACCGGCGAUGAAGCCGCAGCCAGGUUCUUGA